UUUCGUAUACGUUUCUUCUUCUUCUUCGAAUGAAUUCAAGAAUCGGGGGGGUGGGGGGACAGGAUGGCACGAAUAACGGCCAAGGCAUACGAAACGUCUAGACGCGUCCCAGCCGGAAGUAGCCAUUGCCAACCGUGAGUCGUGAGAGCGUCCUCGACGCCGAGUCUCGGAACGUCUACCGUGCACUCUGUCCCCUUGGCAAUCGCACUCCGGGUAUUUAAAUGAUAACGAGAGCGUCGCGCGUGCAAAUUUGAAAAGAGAGAAUCCCCGAGGAGCAGGAGAAGUGGACGAACAGCGACAAUCGGAUCGCGUUCUCGCACGAGCGGCAGUGGAUUGCGUCAAAGCGCGGAGACAUGCAGCGGGAAUGUUACACGUCUUGCAUCAAGAUAAACGGGAUACCUCUUCUCCCGCCGCUAAUGACCGACACCACCAGGGAGGAGAUGAGACGUUACAAGUCUCUGGCGAUCCGAGUGGAGGACAGCUUGCGGGAGAGUCGACUCGCCGAACGCGUCUUUCAGGAUGAGUGCACGCAGGCUGACGCGGCGAAGCCGGUGAACCAGCUGAAGACCGUCAGAUACAGUUCGGACAGCGACGCGUCCAGCCGCGACGUCGCCACCAGCGACACCAACAACAGCGACUCGCGUUCCAGGUUGACCGUCAUCGAGCCGGUGCUCCAGGACGCCGGCGAGCGCGGAGACGACACGCAGGCCUCCGUGUCGGACGUACAGCGCUCGCACUUUGAAGCUUGCUCGUCGAACGACGCUGUUAACGACACGAAAUCCGUAGCCGCCGCUGAUGAAAGCGAAUGUAUCAGAGACGCGCCGGAGGCGGCGACGCCAAACGAGGACGCGACCUCGGUGGACAGCUGGAAGCCCGAGGUGCCCAGAACGCUGGACAUCGUCCCGAUAACGUUGAGCAACGACGAGGAGGACACUUCCUCCUCCGUGGGGGCUUCCAAGGAAGCUGAGAGCCCGCUUAAACUGUCGCGGCAGGGCUCUUAUGUAUUGGACUCGCCCAGCCCUAUGCUGCUCGCUCACAUGCACACGGAAUUGACCGGUGAGGGCUACGUUCCCACGUGCGCCGCUAAUGCGCCGCAGCGAAAGCAAUGGAACAUCGCGCAGCCUAAGACGGAGUGGGAAAACAAACAGUUCUCGGCGGAACGCGUCGAGGCGCUGAGCAAGCUGGAAUGCGCGGCGAGGAAGUCAGCGUCUCCGCGCAGAGAGUCCGACAGCUCGACGGAGUCGCGUCACGUAAACAAAUCCGUCGGUUGUACCGUGGCGGUCGAGGACACGCGUAGAUCGGACGCCACGCCGACUAAACAUAAUCGUAGAUCUAGUACAGAUGUUGAGACGCAAAGUUCCUUAGAAAAGUCUGAGAGCGAUGUCAACGCCGGCGCGUUAGAUUUGUCGAGCGGAGAGCACACGGGAGCCGCGAAUGGCCCCGAGGUGUCUCGCGUGGACGAGAAACGGUCCGACGGGCGGUCCGAAGGUGUCGCGGAGCGUCGCGAUUCAAGCGUCAAGUCUUCCACGCCGGAUGAGCUCCUGAUGGUGUACAAGGAGAUCGAGGAGCUGCACAAGAGGCAGAUGAUGGAGCUGAUAUACCGCCAGCGGAAGGAGCAGUCGCUGCUGCAGGCGGAAUUCCAGAAGCAGCAGACGCUCCUGCUGGCCGAGAUACGCAAGUGCGCCACCGGGACGCCGCGCCGGGCGCACGUCGCGUCGACCGCCGCGCUGAGCCGAUCGUUGUCGAGCGACGAGGGUGGACCGGCGAGUCGCGAGGCGAGGCGACGGUCGAGCGCGGGUUCCGCUGGGCGCGCGGAGGCGCCCAGCAGCAUCAGACUGUCGAAUCGAAUGAUCAUAUGUCCGCUGGAUUAUCUAUCCUCGAGAAACUUGUACCUGCUCAAGCAGCAGUCCUUCACCGCGGACAAUUCCCCGGCGGCUCACGAGUUUGACUUUGCGAGAAAAGUGAGUUUGUGCGACAACGCGUACAGCAACAACAACGACAACAACAACAAUGACAAUAGUAACGGUAACGAUGACGAUAACAGUUGCGAGUCGCGCGAUCUCGUUUACAGGAAUUCCAACAUUUCCAACGUGAGCCGGCAGUUAUUUCCCUUAGACAGUAAUACCACGCGUGUACCGGUGCUAGACACCUUGUAUCUCGAUAAACACGUACGGGCGGUGAACACCAUCAACGCUUACGCGCGCGGCUACCUGGUGCGCAGACUAAUGCGGACCGAGCGCGUUAUCACGUUGAAGAAGAUAUACAGGGAGGCGUUGCAGUGUAUGCUCAAGCUGCACGUGGACGCGCCCUUAAAAUCGGCGGAGGUGGACUUUCUUCAUCGUCUCCAGUUGCAGUGCGACGCGGCGUCCAUGAACAUAGUGGAAUUGUUCGCCCAGUCGCCGACGAAGAGGAUGAAGGUGAUCGCGCAGGAUCGCGAGAUCCAGGAGUCUCGAGCGGAGCGCCCGACCUCGGCUCGAUCGUACUCGUUCGCCACCCAGAAGACUCUAGCCAGAAAGAACCUGAAGGAAUUCGAGUCCACAUUGGCCAGGUACCAGCGACCGUUGGUCGUCAAGAGGAAUCCCGUCAGAGCCAGGUGCCAGACGUGGACCUCGGAUAUGAGGGACAAGCUCAUGUUGCCGAACACAUUGCAUCAAGGUAUCAGGAGAAGCACGAGCACGGGCGCCGUGCGGAAGCCGUGGCGCUGACGUGACAGAGUGCCUUACGACGAUUGAUUGGGCGACCUGCCAGUUUCACCGUUGGAGAGCGGAAUCUCGCGCGAGCGCCUCGCGUCAGCUGCCCCCGCUCUCGAGAGAAACGCACCGGUGUCUGGCUCUUCCGAUAGAUUUAUUUUCUACUACCGUAGCAUUUCUCUCGACUGACACACGACACUCAUCUGUGAUACGUUUAUAUCAAAUAUAUAUAUAUAUAUACUUAUAGCGCUUUCGAUUUUGUCCCGAUCUAAGUCGAAAGAUUCCCAGCGAGAAAUGACUCGUCGAUCGAUGUCGAAUCGACAAGUCAUUUCUUGCAGGGUGAGUUUAUUACGCCAGGGGCUCGAUCGUGAAUCUUCUCUAGCGUGAACGCGUGAAAAGUGAAAGAUUUCACUGACGAAUAUUGAAUUAUUCAAUGAAAUUUGUCACUUUUAACGCGAUCACACUACUAGAGGAAAAGAUUCCCCAGCGAGAAACGACUCGUCGAUUGAUGUCGAAUCGACGAAUCAUUUAUCGCCCGCCCCGU